AUGUAUGCAGUAGUAGCUGUGCAGUUUUUAAUAAGCGACCGUGACAGAGACCCUCAGUGUAACCUGCAUUGCUCCAGGUCCCAGUCCAAGCCCCUCUGUGGCUCUGACGGCAGAACGUACGAGUCGAUGUGUGACUACCAGAGAGCCAAGUGCCGGGAGUCAAGUCUGAGCGUGACACACCGCGGCCGCUGCAAAGAUGUGGGCCAAAGCAAGUGUCGGUUAGAGAGAGCUCAAGCACUGGAACAGGCAAAGAAGCCCCAGGAAGCAGUCUUCAUCCCAGAAUGCAAUGAGGAUGGAUCAUUCACACAGGUGCAGUGCCACACCUACACUGGAUACUGCUGGUGUGUGACACCUGAUGGCAAGCCUAUUAGUGGCUCUUCUGUACAGAACAAAACUCCUGUAUGUUCAGGCUCUGUAACGGAUAAACCAUCCAGCCAGGGUAAUUCAGGAAGGAAAGAUGACGGUUCGAAGCCAACGCCUACCAUGGAAACCCAGCCUAUUUUUGAUGGAGAAGAAAUCACCGCACCCACCCUUUGGAUUAAGCACUUGGUCAUUAAAGAUUCCAAACUGAACAGUUCCAGUAUAAGGAAUUCAGAGAAAGUUCACUCCUGCGACCAGGAGCGGCAGAGUGCCCUGGAGGAGGCCAGGCAGAACCCCCGCGAGGGUAUCGUCAUCCCCGAGUGCGCUCCUGGAGGGCUCUACAAACCAGUGCAAUGCCACCAGUCCACUGGGUACUGCUGGUGUGUCCUGGUGGACACAGGACGCCCGCUGCCUGGCACUUCCACUCGCUAUGAGACCCCAGUAUGUGAAAGCGAUGCCAGAUCGAAGAGCACUGAGAUUGAUGAUCCCUUCAAGGACAGAGAACUUCCAGGCUGCCCAGAAGGGAAGAAAGUUGAAUUUAUUACCAGCUUACUUGAUGCUCUGACUACGGACAUGGUACAGGCUAUUAACUCAGCAGCACCUACUGGAGGUGGGAGGUUCUCUGAGCCAGACCCCAGCCACACACUGGAGGAGCGGGUGGUGCACUGGUACUUCAGCCAGCUGGACAACAACAGUAGCAAUGACAUCAACAAGCGGGAGCUGAAGCCUUUCAAGCGUUACGUAAAGAAGAAAGCCAAGCCCAAGAAAUGUGCUCGACGUUUCACUGACUACUGUGACCUCAACAAGGACAAAUCCAUCUCACUUCAGGAGCUGAAAGGGUGCUUGGGAGUCAGCAAGGAAGGAGGUAGCCUGAGCAGUUUCCCCAGUGGAAAAAGACAAGGCCUUAACCCUUUCAUAGGUCGCCUGGUGUAGCAGCAGAAGUAGGGAAGGGAAGGCAGGAGCCAAUCCAAAGGGAAGAAGAUCCAGCGACAGAAGAACAGACACCUGGCUGCUUGGGAGCAAGCAUGCAGCACCAGCAACAUCCAGCAUGGCACAAGUGGCACCCAGAACGUUUGCACUUUCUAAUAAUUGGUUUGGGUUUGGUUGUAAUUGCUUUUCAAUGCCAUUAUCUAAUACUUUGGAGAGUGGGGCAAGCAGAAGAAUGACUUUAAAAUUGGAACAGCUACUGAUGACAAAGUUGAGUUCGCUGGGACUCAGAAAGAGAAUUUUAUAUACUGUAUAUAAUUAUGUAUGUAAAUUGU